AUGGAGCUCGAGAGGCCCGAGAUACAGGUCAUCCUCGUUGCACGCGAAGCGGAGACCGAGAAGGCGGCUCCAGCGGCUCCAGCAGCAGCAGUGGCAGAAGAGGCGGUGGCACAUGGCGUCCACCACGUCAAGCGACGGGCCAAGAUCAAGAUGUACGAGUCCGUCAUCAAGCAAUGCAUCAAGCACCUCGAGAGUAAGGGGUACAUUACGGACAUGAAGAGCGUCGAGCACCCUAACAAGAAGAUGUACAUCCGCGCCGACCUGCGGCGACGCCCUGGAGCGCUUUGGCAGCGGACGCGUCAUGCCUGCUCGCUGCGAGCCGCCGAUGCCAAAACCAACUAG